AUGCAUGCGGGUGCGCCCAGUUUCUUGCACCGUGCGUGGUCCAGAGGCACGGCAGGUACAUGCUUGCUGGCUGCGCGGUGCUUGUCGUCCAAGUAUCUGGUCCCUGGUCCCCGACGGCCCACUGGCCAGCGCCGACGGGGACGGUCACGCAGCGAUGCGGCGCCGCCGUUUGAUAGGCCCUUCUGGGCGGGUCGGGCUCCUUGUCCCGUUCGCCUCGCCCACCCACCUAUCCACCCACCCACCGUGUCCCGUCAGAGGUACGGAUGGUACCUGGUACGAGUACGACCCGUCGUGCUGGGCUCGGCCGCUGCUGGGAUCCCUUAUUCCCCCGUCGUCCGCUUUCUUUUCUCCUCGUCCUCCCAUCCAUCGUCAUCCUCCAUUCUUUUGCCAUCGACACCUCCGCCGCCCUCCCCUGUCCUUACCUUCCGUUCCCGUCGCGAGCUUGCUGUUGUUUCCAGAGCCAUAUCUCGGUACCCGUCACUCCUUCCGGGACCGCACCUUUGUUCCUUUGCCUCGUCCUCUUGCUCCUCGACCGAGCCGACCGCGGAUCCCAUCCGACGACGAGCCGCAGCCCUCACACGCGAGCGAGCUCGUCCUCAUCCGACCGACUCUCCUUUGCCGCGCCGCACCGCACCGCCGACCGAUUUCGCUCCUUUCCCAGCAUUUUCCCGUCGUCCAGCCUGCCCCGAGAACCUUCCCCGUCCCCCGUCGAUUCCCCGAAGCCGCCCCUCGCUGCGAGACGGCCACGACCGACGAGUCGUUCGCGAGCCGCGUCGAGAGCCUCCCCCUAUUCAUCACCACCACCUCCUCCUCCUCCCCCCCUCCCCCGGCCGCGCCGACGACGCACCCGGGCCUCGCCGCACCCAGAGCGACCCGAGCGGUCCAUCGCUGUCCCCCGGCCCCCUCGGACGCGUCUCCGCCAUGGCGACCAAGCUCGAGCACCCCAUCGUGCCGAUGCCGACGCCGACGAGCGUCAUGACCUCCCCUUCCCCGGCCUCGACGCCCAGCAUGUCGAGGCAGUCCCCGACCCAGUCCGCGUCGAGCGCGAGCGGCCACUCAAGCUCGAAGCGACCGCCUCGGAAGAGCACCCUGACCCAGCAGCAGAAGAACCAGAAGCGCCAGCGGGCGACCCAGGACCAGCUGACCGUCCUCGAGGUCGAGUUCAACAAGAACCCGACGCCGACGGCCGGCGUGCGGGAGAAGAUUGCCGAGGACAUCAACAUGACGGAGAGGUCGGUUCAGAUUUGGUUUCAAAACAGACGCGCCAAGAUCAAGUCGUUGGCCAAGAAGAGCCUUGAGACGGGCGAGGACAUUGACUCCAUCCCCGAGUCGAUGCGUGCCUACCUCGCCAUGCAGGCCAUCGAGUCCGGCCAGGGCCUCGGCGGAGGCUACCUCGCCCGCGGCGCCCUCUCGCCCUUUGGCCAGUCCGGCCUCGUCAUGGCCGCCGACCAAGCGGCCCAGGGCAAAGUCUUGAUCCAUCACCUCACCUGCCGCUCGCUGAGCAUCGGCAAGUGGACGCGCGUCGGCCAAAACACCAUGGACCUCAUCAUCUUCUACUCGCCCGACAAAUGCACCAUGACCUACUACAUCAACAACGACCAGGCCGGCUACAAGAUCGAGUACCCCUUCUCGAGCAUCAAGAGCAUCUGGCUCGAAAACGACGAGGGCGACCCGGCCAAGUCGGGCGGCAUCGUCAUCGAGCUCAACCGCCCGCCGCACUUCUUCAUGGACUCGUCGCCCACCACCAACGGCUUCUACCAGUGCGGCGACUUCACCGAGGACGUCCAGGCCUCCCGCUGCAUGAUCCAUCACCUCGGUGGCAACCCCAAGGUGCUGACGAACCAGCUCGCCAAGCUCGUCUCGCUCGACGCCUUCAUGAACCGCCACAACCCCCACGCCUUCGCCGACGCCCACGCCCUGUCCGUCUCGGCCCCAGUCUCGCCCGUCCGCCCGUCGUCGCAGCCGAGCUUCCCGCCGCCGCAGCCGGGCCUCAUGCCCGACCAGCACUGGGGCCUGAGCCAGAUGCACUCGGCCAUGCGGCCGCCCCACGGCCACAAGCGUCAGCGCAGCCGCUCCGUGCCGGCGCCCGUCGACUUUGCCAUGUUCCAGAGCCAGCCGAUGCCGUCCUUUUACAUCCAGCCGCCCGGCGAGAUGCCGCCGCCGCCGCCCCAGCACGCCGCCGUCUACGCACCCUCGCCGCAGCCGUCGGCUGGCGUCGGCUCGAACCUCCGCAUCGACACGGCCGCCGGCUUCGGCCUCGACAUGCGCCAGUAUCCCAUGUCGGCCACGACGGCCUCGCCCUCCGAGUUCCCCCAGAGCCCCGGCUACUUCCCCGGCGCCCCCGACGGCAGCCCCAUGGCGAGCUCCCACUUCGGCACGCCCUACGGCGCCGCCUUCCUGUCGCCCAUGAUGAGCGCCGACGCCGGCGGCCACGGCGCCGUCUCGCCCCUCCCCUUUGGCGCGCCGGCCGAGCCCUCCAUCGUCGAGCAGUCGCCGCCCAUGUCGCUCAUGGGCCGCCCGGGCUCGGCCGAGCUCUACGCCGCCCACGACGGCUCCUGCGCCGUCUCCGACGACGGCACCAGCCUCAACGAGAUGUACUCGAAGCACACCAUCAACCUGCCCAUGCACGCGCCCUCGGCCGCCGCCUUCGUCCAGGCCGGCCCGCACGGCGAGGUGGACAUGGAGCAGCUGGUGCAGUUCGACGCCGUCGACCCCGCGAGCCUGUCGCCCGAGACGAUACCCCCCACGGCGCAGUGA